GAACGGUCAGAAUUCCGAACAGCCAAGAUUACUCUGUACUGUUUAAUCUGGAUACUAAGCUGCAUUGGUAACAGCUUGGUUAUAAUCGUCAUCAUUGGAGCUCGAGACAUGCGGACUCCCUCAAAGUUACUAAUCUUGAACCUUGCUUUGUGUGAUUUCAUCCCUCCAGCUUUGGCUAUUCCGUUCGAUUUUGCCCUGGAGGAGAAAAAUUACGUCUGGCCGUUUGGUCAUGCGAUGUGCAAGGUUCUGUGGCCGUUCCAAACGGCGAGUUCUACGUCGUCAUCUCUUACUCUUGCAGCCGUCAGUGUGGAUAGGUUCAGGACCCUAGUGACCCCAUUUGCAAGGCGCACCACUUUUCGUCAAGUUCUUCUCUGCUUAUUUGCUAUGCACGUGUUUUCUAUCGGCUUGUGUGUUCCUUAUAGUAUUGCCCUGGACUAUGACAAAUCAAAACGUUCUUGCGACGAGAAUUGGUCGAAUAUGCACAAUGGACAAGCAUAUACGGUGAUAUUGUGUCUAUGCGGGUACGUUUUACCUUUAAUAACCAUGGCCAUAGCGUACAGGCUUAUUUAUCGCAGCUUACGCUCAAACCUUAUGGGCCUUCUAUCAAUGGAAACUGAUCCUCAAAGACCUCGCAAUGUUUGUAGAUCGUCUGAAGAAUCGACUUUAAUAAGGGACAGUGUGGAAAAUCAAAGAAAAGAACAGAACAUUCGCUUGGCAAAAAUGUUUACUAUUGUCGUGGUGGUAUUCGCUAUAAGCAUGUUUCCAAAUCAAGUUCUUUGGAUUUGGAUCGACUUCGGCCAUGGCAAAAGCAACGAGCUUUUCCAUUACGUCUCUGUUGUGUGCCGUCUUUGCACUUACGCAAACAGUAUUUUAAACCCUUUUAUUUACGCCUUAAAAAGCAAAGAGUUUAGAUCCGGCUUUGCGAGGAUUGGCCGAGCAAGUAUGCAUCCUUUGCGAAAGAUAAGCUCGGAAACAAGAAAGUUUGUGCGCAAAAUAAGCAGGAGCAUUUCAGAUGCCGGUCAACGUCCCGCUGUCCUGGCUCAGCUGUCUUCUGGCGUAACUGCACCUGCUCAGAGGUUCUCAGACACUUUCACUAAUGGUAAAGAAACUCUUAAACCACCUCUUAGCAAUUCUAACAUGCAUUUCAAAACGUCACAACUAAUUUGUACAAUUAAUGACUUUUCUAUCGAUCUAUCAAUUUCAGUUACUCCCAGUUUGUACGAGAAACUCGAGGAACUUGCAGAAACGACUUGCUGAGUAACGCCGUGUAGAUAGACCUGACAUACAUAUGCAAUUUUGAAAACGUACAUGGUGAUUGGGAAAAUCAGUUAAGCGGAGUCCAAUUUGAAACUGACUGCAUUAAGUUAUGAUGACUUUAAGAAAACAAUAAGGGAGUCAAUAGCUUUUUGUCGCAAACGAAAUUUUCCUCCUGUAUACCGAUCCAAAACAAAAAAAAUAACCCAUCCGUUAUUAGCGGCGGUAUAAUUCCGUCUGCACAUGAAGAAGGAUAAGGUUAUGGUCACCACCUAUGGCAGCUGUGUUAUGUCUUCAGUAUACAAGUGUUAGAGUUCCUAAUGAACUGAUUCACAUGUGUCCACGAAUUGAUUUAUAGACGUCUAAUGUCCAUUUUUUUUUAGAUCAUGACCUAUAGUUUACCUUUAGUUACUUGUUUAUUAUCAUAAGACUGCCUAUUUAUAUAUCGUCACUGAGGUUUUUAAGUCUCCCGCUAAUGAUUUACAUCUGUAGCAUACAUUAUCCUUUGAUGCUUAUCGAUUGAAGCCUACAUUAUUUGCACCGUAUAAAACAAACAUUUCCAUUUGAUCUUUAAUUAUUCAUGUUUUCUUUUUCAUGAAGUAACUGGGAAAGAAAAAAUGUUUACAAAGAGGUGUUUUAGUUUUACUUCAUCUUACCUCACCCGGCCAAUCUUUUCCGACAUAGUAGCACCGCAUAAGAAAUUCUGCCCCAAUGCAACCAACUGACAUCCUACUUCAGAACAGGCACUACACAGUCGGUCUCUUUCUAAAACUAACAUUGCCCGGACUGGCUCUAAGUGUUCGCGUCUUGGGUAGUUAGCCACUCAGUCUUAUAAAGGGUCAAAGCCGGGGAGAAGGAAUGGGCAGUGUCAGGCAAGGUUUAAUUGGGGGGGGGGGGGGGGUGUUUUUUCAGGGGGGAAAAAAGGGGGGGGAGGGGGAGGGGUGGUAAGUGAAAGAAGUUUUUCGCGGAGAUGGGGGGGGGGGAAAAAAAAGAGUAAAAAAAAAAAUUUUGGAUUGGAGGGACGCCCAGCACCCACACCUCUUGUGUGUGCGCUUGGGGGGGUAGAAAGAGCGGCCCCGUCGUGCUUUUUGUUUUGUUUUAAACAAAACAUACGCGCCGGGCCCGUGUUUGGUUGUGGGGGGGGGGGGUAAGUCCCCGGUCGUUUUAAAAGGGGAAAGAGGGGGGGGGAGAAGGGGGGUGGUGUACGGAGAGGUUUAUGGGGGGGGGGGGGGGGGGGUAUUUUCUAAGAGGGAAAAUGACGCAGGUUAAUGACAGGUCAUUGAAGUUAAAGGAUCUUUUCAGCGUAAUGGUGGGCUGUAAUAAAAGUACGUACAUGAUAAACUUUUGAGUUUGGAAAGGCCACCAGCGCCUACAUCUAUCUGUAUGACUUGGCGUGGUCAGAAACAGGGCCUCUCAUGAUCUUUGCUGUGCUCGAAGAGGAACACCUUCGCCUAGGAAACUCUCACAGUACAGGGAUCCCACUCAAAAUGGUAAAAAGUUACGGCAGUGAUUGAUUCAUUACGUGAACAGUUCCAAGACACUUAAAAUUAUAAUUAAUUGGAAUGAGCUCCUCAAAAAAAUUAAUCCCCUCCACGCAAUCAAACCACAAGUCACGUUAUGCUUGCUAGGUGUUUGGCGUAUUUGUCAAAGUCAGGUGCUCCUGCGCUUUGAUGUUCGAGAAAACUAGAUUUUAAUUUUUUUUGGCUUUAUAGCGCUAUAAGGCGCAUUCGAUUGAUCGCAUUCCGGAAUAAAAAGACCCCAAAUUUUUAAUUUGUUUCAAAUCUUAUGUAACUUGCUUUUUGGGCCACUUAAAGCGGAUUUCUAGAUUAGAUAUUUGCAAUGCACCAAACGCCGAUCAUAUGAGUGAUUUUUAGAGUUUAUUCCAAUAUUCUAUUCUUAUUCCGGAAUGCGAUCAAAUAGUACACGCCCUAUAAUUUUCUCUACGAAAAACUGCCAAUGGAAUCCCGUCAUCUAUUAAGUAAUCUAUACCAUCGGGGGCGGAAUUCUUUCAUCUUGCGGUGGCGUUAACCUGAUGAUUUUGCAAUCAAAAGAUAUACUCAUUACUUGAUUGCUAAAUAAACAAAAAGGGUAAACGUUUACCCCACUGUGCUAACUGCAAAGGUCAAGAACAUUAAGCUUGGCAGCCUACAUUACCAUUAAGCAAGAAAAACCGUUCCUUGAGAGACGGAUGCUUCCUGUGUUGCUGUCAAUGUCGAGUUUUUCUAAAAUGUAAACUUUAGGAACGCUUUUUAAGAUCCGGGGGGUAUACUCUCUACAAUGGGCUCUACCAGAAGACUCCGCCCGAAAUCGGAAGAGGUACCUUCUUCAUGCUUCAGUUAUAUGAAAGGGCUGGGAUCUCAUUUGUUGAAGCAUACGAAAGAGUAGGGAACUCUUUGAUUUCGGUCUGUUAAAUGACCCAAAAAGGGCUACAGCAGAACCUUAUGGCUGUAAAAGACGGGAGAAAAUUUUUUUAGUUUAGCGGAUUUUUUCAUAUUUGAAAGAAAGCUCAUUUACAGCAGUUAAAAGGGAUGCAAUGUUCUAAACCAAGUAUAUGAAAGGGGUACCGUUUGUCAAUGAAACGUAUACGAAAGGAAUACCUUUUUGUCGAAAAUGGUACACAAUAUUAUGAUGGUAUAUAAAAGAAUAAGGGGUUUGACCUCACCACGGAGCCUCCCCGUAUUAAACUUUGCUGUGUAGCCCCCGGGUUUAUCAGAUAUUUGUUUUCAAAAGUUAUUAAAAGCAUUGUUUAUUUAUUAUUAUAUGAAAUCACUGUCCAUGUUAUGUUUCACAAUAGAAACCGCAGGUUCUGCGUUCGUUAAUAAUGAUGCCAUUGGGCAGGGAGUUCAAUGGCAUUCAACGAAGGAAGAGCUCUCGGAGAUCAGAUAGGAUUUAGAUGAUCUUGAUAGCGCGAGGCGAAUCUGACUUAUCAUAUUUUAACUACCAGUCAUUGAAUUCAGUGUUGUCGACUUCAGUUUCAUUGCGAAAGCUGGGAGAUAUAUGUAACUGGCGUUGCUUUAUGAAACAGCGCCGUCGAAAAAAUUGUGAGUGACUAACCAGGCCAUUGUUUGAACAGAUAAGAAAUGUGGACAUUUACAUCGUCGUUUUACUGCGGGCGUCAGUAGGCAGCUCACGACUGCUUUUCAAAUUAAACACGGCUGGGAUAGAUAUAGUUACCACACAGCAAGAGCAGUGGGGGAGCAGUACUGAAUGAUGCCGAACAAUGGCUCUUACCAAGAAGGAAAAGCGAGUUUGGAAAAUAUGGAGUUCAGAAUCUCAAAGAUAAUAUUAUACCUCCUUAUCUUGGUCCUUAGUUGUGUUGGAAACAUUUUAGUCGCCAUUGUUAUUAUAAGAGCAAGAAAUUUGCGGACUUCAUCUAAUCUACUGAUCCUGAAUUUAGCGGCGUGUGACUUCCUCACACCAAUUAUAAGUAUACCAUUUGAUUUAGCUCUCGAAGAACUCAGAAACAUUUGGCCGUUUGGAAGAACAGUAUGCAAACUUCUGUGGCCCUUACAAACAGUAUUCUCGACUUCAUCGAGCCUUAUUCUUGCAGCUAUCAGCUUGGACAGAUACAGAACCCUUGUGAAACCUUUCCUCCCUCAGUCUUCCUUGGGAACUAAUGUUUUGCUCGUAUUAACAGUUCACGCUUUUUCAAUAUGCUUAUGCAUUCCUUAUUUUAUCGCUCUAGAGUACAAUCCAGCGAAAAAAUCCUGCAAUGAAAGCUGGCCAGCUGUACGUUACAGACAAGUUUAUACCGUUUUCCUUUUUUUGUGUCAGUAUGCAUUGCCGCUGAUCACAAUGUCUAUAGCAUAUGUGCUUAUUCAUAGGAGUUUACGUUCCAAUCUGGCUAGACUCUUCUCUAUGAAUUCUAGGAGAUGUCAAAAGUCUAGAAGACGGACCCAUUUGAGCAAGGAUAGCGUGGAAUUUAAAAGAAAAGAACAGAACAUUCGCUUGGCAAAGAUGUUUGUUAUCGUCGUGGUAGUCUUCGCAAUAAGCAUGUUUCCGAAUCAAGUUUUGUGGUUCUGGCACGACUUUGGUAAGGGAGGGGAGAGUACAUAUUUCCACUACAUCUCUGUAGUUUGUCGGCUUUGCACUUAUGCCAACAGCGUCCUAAAUCCGUUUAUAUAUGCGUUAAAAAGCCGAGAAUUCAGAUCUGGAUUUGCGAAGAUUGGUCAUUCUACUGUAGUGAAACCGCUGAGAAAAAUAAGCGCCGACACUAGAAGAUUUGUGCGCAAGGUGAGCGCUAACGUUAAUGUC